AUGCUAUCCCCCAGACCCACUUCGUCUAGACAGCAGACGAACGGCGCGAAUGGCCUACAUGGCGCGAGUGCGGUGCUCUCCCCACCACAUUCGCCCCAAGCCCUCUUCCGCUCAAAAGGCCGUCUUCCAUCAUUCACAUCCUCUCGCGCUACUAGCGGAAAUUUCAGCACAAUGCAGUCGUUCAGCAAGCGAGGAAACAGCAACAGCAACCAGACUUCAUUCGUUCAGGACUCAGCAGCCUCUCUCCGGAAGAGAAGUAUGGCCGAGCUUGGCGCAGGCGUCUACCAGAGCAUUGGCAAUGUCUCCUAUGUCGCGUUUCUUGAAUGGAUCAGGUCUGAGCGCCUGACCACGCUUCCUCACAAAGGAAGCCGCUGGGACAAGGUGUUGAUCCGGGCGCUGUACUUCGCUGAACAGCUUCAUAAGUUCGAGAAAGCUGUUAACCAAUUUGCUCCGGAGAGUACUUCAGCAGCCACCAUCGGGUAUGGUCAUGCGCAACUGCUUCUCGAGCUGAGUCACCACAAUUCUGAGGCUCUUGAUAAGGCUUUCUCUGUCUUCUACAAGUUUGCCAUGUCAUUUCAGUCGGUUCUGCAUCGCUCGGAGCUGUUGACAGCGAGUUCAGAGAUUCGCGAACAGAUCUGUCUGUUGUAUACAGACCUCAUCACUCUUGUGGUCGACGUGGCGGUCAAGUUUUACAAGACUGUCAAAGGCAUGACACCUGGCUCAACCACCCUUGACAUCUUCGAGCUCUUCGGUGAAACCAUCGAAACCUUCCGUACACGCCAGAACACCGUCAUCGAGCUGAUCUGGCAGUCUCAAAUUGAAAAGGAACACUUUGAGGAAGAUGAAGCUAUCGAUGUUCAACACCUGAGUCGGUGGUUGGCUUCACAAGAUCGUGUGAUUGCCGCGAUCACGAGAGAUCACGAGACUUACGUUGACAACCAAGCCGAAUUUACUUGUCUCUGGUUCAAUAAGCAUAUGACCAGGUUCUUCCAGAGCGACAAUCGCGUCCUCCUCGUCACUGGUCAGUCAGGUGCCGGAAAGACGACACUCGCGGGAUCGAUCGUUGAGCGACUACAACGACCUAUGAACAAGAAGCAGUACGACACGCUCUUUUGUUCAUUGUCCCCCGACAUUCCGACUGCUGCUACAUCGUUGGCAGUAGUCAAGUCGCUUUUGUUCCAACUGCUUAACCUUCGCAUUGGUAACAUGGGUGUGUACCAUGCUCUUUUCGAUGCCUACCAUAAAUGCAGAAGCUCGGAUGAUCUCAAGGUAUACGAGGAAUGCUUGUGGCAGGCGCUCGGCAAGGCGCUUCGAAGUCCUAUCGCUAAUAGCAACGAGUUGGUGAUGAUUGUUGAUGGUCUUGAUGAGAUUGCGGCCUCCAACAGCGCCUCUAUCCAAGCUGCUGGCGUUGUCAGCCCUACUGAUCUGCUUGAGAGGCUGGCCAAGGUGACCCAGCAAGGCAGCGGUGUGAGGUUGAUCACAUUGUCAUCUUCCAUGAAGCUGCCGUCUUCGGCCAAGGGAGUUCAGCACCAGAUCUCCAACGAGGAUGUCCGCGAUGACCUCCACGCCGUUGCACUACGAGCACUGGUUCACAACCACCACUUCCAUGGUCAGCGUCCCUUUGACCAAGAACAGCUAUUGGACCGUAUCAUCCGUAUGGCUAAUGGGUCCUUCCUGCACACCACGUUGACAUGUGAGUUGCUGAACAUUCAAAAGUCACCAGAUGCCUUGAUCAAGACUUUGGAGAGCUUUGAAUCUUCGAAGCCGUCUGUACAGGAUCUUAUUCUCAAGCUUUUCACCACGCUAAACCCUGCCAAUGACGCAAAGACUUUACUCUCCUGGGUCUUGGCUGCUGAAAGACCUCUUACCAUUGACGAGAUUCAGACCUUGUUUUCGGUCGACGUGCAGCGUAGCACUGUAUCCGACAAGGGUGUGAACACGAACGAAAUCUUCAGGACGCUUGCGCCACUGUUUACUCUACAUCAGCGCAUCGUCCGCUUCAAGCAUCCCGUCAUUCACUCCACUUUGCAUGACCUUUCAGCCAAUGGCAAAAUUCCUAUCCCUCUGAAAGACAGCGAGACGGAUAUGCUUCUUAGGGUUCUUGCUUACUCCAAGCAUAUCUUGAAAGAUCACACUGCCGAACCAACUUUCGACACGUUUGAUCCCUCGACUCCAGACAGACUUUUCAGGAAGCAUCCCUUCCUUGAAUACGCUGUGCGAUACUGGGUUCUGCAUCUUCAGCAAUCUCCUUUGGCUCCUAAGUCAUCUGGCGAGUUCAAGCCCACUGGUGAACUCCAGAAGGUCUUCCCCGACAGCACAAUGUUCCCCAUCUUGGAGUCUUACUGCUGGGAUACCCAACUGCCUAUUCCUGAGGCUCUAGAGCUGCAGAGACUUGUCAGCAUUCUCCGCAAGAACAUGCUCCCAGAAAACCACCCUGGUCUUCUCCAGACGUAUCUGUCAAUCGCCACAAGCUAUCUGCUCAUCUCGAACGUUACAGAAGCGACCAAGUACCUCUAUCUAUGUACCAUCGUCAGCCGUAAGGUAUUGUCGGAUAUGCAUCCCUUGACCUUGGACUGCGCUAGUCAGUUUUUGAAGAUCACGGAGACUCAGACAACCACCACGAGGACUGAGAUCAUGACGCACCGUGAGGAGGUACUGAAGGUACUGAUCACCACCUACGAGCGCCAGUAUGGUAGUACCUCUGAGCUAGUCAUCGAGACUCGCAAGGUUCUUGCUGAGCUUUACGCAACCAUCAACGAAGAAGAGCGGUCCAUUGAGAUCUAUCGUCUCAUCCAGGAUGCGACCAUUCAGCUUUACGGCAGAGACUCGCAUCAAGCCCAUGACAUCCAUGAUCAUCUACAAGUCACUCUUGGGAAGGGUACGGGCGAUCGUGAGAUUGAGAUUUACGACGACUUUUCUUUCGAAGUCGACCAAGACGAGGAGGAGCAUGUCGAGAUUAUUACUAUUUCCACUAUUAACGCUACCUUGAUUCAGAUUCAGAAGCUUCUCACUAUGAAGAGGUUCGCGGAGUCUGAGAGGAUGUACGUUGAGCUCUGGAUGGAAGUCUCAUCCAAGUGUCGCACUGUCCAAUCUGUGGAAUGGCAUGAGAAGAACAUCGAGAUCGCCACCUCUUAUUCUCAGUUCUUGAAAAUCCAGAAGCGUACCAACGAGUCUGUGGCGAUCCUGACUUCAGUCUGGCAGCAGUAUGAGUCUCAUCAUCUGUCUUAUACGAAGAGCAUCGUUUCGCGUCUUACAACUGUCGCCAAGGAGAUGAGAAGCAUGAAUGCGCACUCACAAGCGCUCUCAAUCUUCAAGUUUGCCAGCUCUUACUACAAGAAGUCGAGCCAUGAAGAGUCUUCCGAGUCGCGUGAGAUCAGCCAGCAACUUUCUCAAACUUCCAAUGAGCUCGUCCAGCACAGUUUGAACAGUUCCAGCUCUACUACGGAAACUACAACGACUGUAUCGGAGUCCGUAUACCAAGACGUAUUCUUCACGACCAUUUCGAACUCCAAGACAAUUGAGUCUAGCACCAUGGCACUCGCCAAGAAGUUGGUAGUGCAGUACAUGGCAAAGAAGAACUACACUGCUGCCAUCAACGUCAUCCACGCUACUCUGCAGCGUACUUGGUCUUCCUUCCUUGCCAGCUCUAUCCAUGAUGUUACAAUGGCGACCAUUUUCACUCAAGAGUCGAUCGAGCUUGUCGAGCGCCUUGCAGAAUGCUAUUUGCAGACACGACAGCUUGAAAGGGUUGACGAUGUCUACAGCCGGUUCUUCCGUGCGGUUCUAGUCACCGAGAAAGUUGACAGGGCCACUUUCGAGAAGUCAAAGAACCUCUUGAUCAACUUUUACGAUAAGCACGGCUACGCGGACAAGGCCAUCAGCACCUACCAGGAGAUUUUGGUCGUUUACCGCACACGUCUGGGUCACACGAACGAGCUCACCAUUCAGACCUUGUAUAUCCUGGCUCAGAGAUGCCGCAGCCACCCUCGCAACCAUGGAUACUGGUUGGACUACUACCUGCAGAUCAUCACGGCCCUCAACAAGGACUCUGACGUAUGCCACAAGGAUGCCUUGGAUGCCAUGUUGGUUGUGACUGUUACGUACUGGGAAGACCGCAGAUACGCGGAGGCAGUGACUUUCUAUGGAGUCUUGUGGAGCACCUUCGUUCGCCAGACCAAGCAGCACAAGGUCUUUAGCGACGUCAAGUUUGUCGAGACGCUGUACGAGCGAUACUACCAGUGCUUAGAGGAGACGAAGGCCAACUGGUCCGAGCUCUACAAGAUCACCAAGGAGUACCGUGAAACUGCUAUUGCCGUCUUCGGCGCCGAGUCGACCAUUGCUGUCAACGCAACUCUUUCGCUCGCACAGGUGGCUCAGAGCAGCGAGCAGCACAUGUCCGAGGCUAUCUCACUCUACGAGGCGGUCUCCCAGUCGGGCAAGCAGGUUACAACCACUACCAGCAUCUCGGAGAUCAAGCAUGCUCUGUCAUCUCUCUACUCCAAGCAGAUGCAUUCUUCCUCUUCUAGCAGCAUGAAGGCUGAGACAGUGCAGCGUGCUUUGACCAUGUCUGAGUCGCAAUUCCAGGAAUCUACACGCGAGAACGGAUACAGUCACGAGUCCUCGCUCACUAGCUUAAGGGAGCUUGCAUCACUGUACUCUCGCACGCAGAAGACGGACGUUGCUAUCAAGCAAAUCUCAAAGGCCGUUUCCGAGAUUGUUUCCAAGGAGACCUCCUCGCAGAAGCAGAUCGAGUCGGCCAGGUCUAUCGCCGUGACCUUCCAGGCUAUUGAACAGACUAGCACUGCGCAUGCGAUGGUUCAGGAGCUUCACCGUCAAAUCUGCGCCAAGGACGCUCGCAACGCAUCCAAGUGGUCAUUUGACCUGACAAAGACCAGUCGCACAGCUAUCGCUUUUCUUGCAUCCCUCCAGUACAACCUCCGUAAGGAUCUUAGCAUUAGCUUCUCAGAGAUCUAUGCCGAUUUGACCAUGGAGUACAUCUACUGGGUGCAGUUCCACCAGACUCUUGACAACAACGAGAGCCUCACCAACAUCUUGCUCGCUGCUGCUCCGCUCCGCUACUUCUUGCGCCGCAACGAUCAGCAAGAUAUGAUCACGGCCCUCGAGGAGCAGGCAGUUGGCCUCUUCGUCAAGCGCGACGCGCAGGAUUUGAAGGACUUCAGCAAGGAUUCGCCACGCAUAUUCAUCAUUGGUAUCCUUGAUUAUCUGGGCAACGGUCGCAACAAGAACUUCAACCGCGCUGUUAUCCUCUCCUCUAACGAGAGUGUGGCCAAGUGUACCAAAGCGAAGAUGUUCCACGAGGCAUACGACAUUGCCAAUCUCGGCUUCCUCUACGCCAGCAAGCAUGAUGGCUACAACGGCCCACGUGCUAUCAGUAUGGGCUUCAAGCUUGCCUCGCUGCUCGUUGGUCGCGAUGGCGAGAAGUGCCCCGACGCUACUCUCCGCAAGAAGAUGCUGGACCUCUCCAACCGUAUCGUCAAGAAGAUCUUCGAGAUUUGCCAGAACCUCAAGAUCAACUUUGCGCAGGUCCAGUUGUACGAGUUGAGUCAUCUUUCGGCCCUCUUGGGCGAACAGGAAGAUUACAAGACUCUCGAGUGGCUCCUUACAACUCUCUGGCAGACACGCGAUGCGCAGAGAUCAUGGCCCGCCGAGGUACUUCUCAACCUUGGCCGCCGUCUCAUCUGUGCUCGCUACCUUGCCAACGAAGAGGUCAAGGCCAUCCGUCUCGCCGAAGACAUUGCCUACAACAUGCGCCGAGCCCACGGCGUCCGCGCCCCGGUCACCAUCGAGACCUACGAGCUUCUCGCCCAGCUCUACACCUCGACUGGCCACAAGUACCAAGCGCAAGCCGCCAAGGGCGAGAAGACUGCUGGCCUCGCGGCCGACUACUUCAAGAAGGCUAUUGGCGUCCACGAGGACAUACUCCGCGUCCUUGUCAACGACCAAACCAACGCCGCAAACGACGACGACGAUGAAGACGACACCACCGCCGAACUCCUCGCCCUCGAAGGUGUCAAUGUUAAGAACUCACCCAACACGCCCCGUCCUACUGCUGUUGACUCCAACACGCUUGACAAGUCAGCCACAGCACUCAAGCACCUCCACCUCCUCAAGCUGGCAUACCAGCGCUACGGUGGCUGGCCAAAGUCUUACGAUGAGUACGAGCACCUCAAUGCCCAGCUAUUCCGCGUGUUUGGCGCAGAGGGCAAGUGGAAGGGUGUCGAGGGCACGGAGAAGUGGGAUGCGAAGGCGUUUGGUGCCGGCAAGGCUGAGAGCCAGGAGGGUGGCUUCAGGGGUAUUGCAGACUGGAGUCUAGGAAGCGAUGAGCUGGUUUCUAUCGGUCACGGACAUGGACAGGGUCAGCACACUGCUAUGGUGAAUGGAAACGCCAUGCUGCACGCCAAGAGGUAG